UACUAACUUUUAUUUUAUCACUAUUUUAUUAUCACUAUUAAGCAUUUCCUAAAACCCAUUUCAUUUCUCACUCUCUCUCUUAAUUUAUUCAAACCUCUUUCUCUCUCUAAAAGUCACAAAUAUGGAGGAACGACAGCCCGACCAAGAACAACACUGCCAGGUCAUCACUCUCGGAACUCAUUACCCCCUCCUCCCCGGCCCCCAAUCAAACGACGAUGACGACGGCGGAUGCGCCUAUUCAAAGGCGGUUCUCGUUGUCGACAUGGUCUGGAACCUCGCCUUCGUGCUUGUCGCCGCCGCCGUCAUCCUAUCCACGUUCUCCGAGCGUCCCUCCACUCCUCUGAGACUUUGGCUCUGUGGCUACGCCUUGGAGUGCGUUCUCCAUGUCGCUUUUGUUUACUCUGAAUAUCGUCGUGAUUCCUUCUCUCACACUCCUUACAGCAUUGCGAAGAAGUUAGAGCCUAUGAACACACUGGCAUCAUCUGUUUGGUGGGUUUUUGGAUUUUAUUGGAUUGUUGUCGGUGGCCAACCACUUCUUGAAGAUUCUCCGCGCCUCUACUGGUUAACAGUGGUCUUUCUAGCUUUUGAUGUAUUUUUUAUUAUCUUUUGCAUUGGGAUGGCAUGUAUAGUUUUCUUUGCUCUCUUCUGCAUCAUCCCAAUAAUAGCUUUAGCUUAUGCGUUAAGAAUCAGAGAAGGUGCUUCAGAAGAGGAUAUCAGGUCACUUCCUAUGUAUAGGUUUAGUCAGUCAAAUGUAAUGGUUAUGGUUGAUGAUGACAACAACAAGCAUCUUGUCAAACCAAGAAUCGGUUCAUACAAUCAAAGCCAUAUCAGCGAGUUAUCUCUUCAUCCUGAUGAUUCUGAAUGUUGUAUCUGCCUUAGUACAUACGUUGAUGGAACAGAACUGUAUCGGCUACCCUGUACCCACCAUUUUCAUUGUGGAUGCAUCAGCCGAUGGCUUCGGACAAAAGCAACUUGCCCGCUCUGCAAAUUUAAUAUUCGAAGAGCCGACACAUUGGUUUAACAUUCUGUUGAUAAAGACUAGACGGCACUGAGGUUAAGUAUUGCUUGAGAGUUACAUGGACAACCAAAGUAAUUGCUAAUCUGCUGACUAGUGUUGGUAUAUAAUAUAUUAGUAGAAAAAGAAAAAAGAAAAAUGAAAUGCCCCACCAUUUCAUCUUAGGAUUUUAGUUUCCAUAAAGGUAUUUUAACUUUUGAAUAUCCUUAAGUUCGUUUAUGACGGGGUAUGUGUAUGUAUAUAUUGUGGGGCCAGUCGGGAAGGUCUCCCCCAUAAUUUGUAUUUAUAAGGCUAUUACAAAAACAAUUUUCUGUACAGUUUUUUUUUUUUUGUUGUUGAGCACUUUAUCCACCUCUAAUCACAAGUUCAAGAUCGAAUGUAUCUUAUACAAAAAAAAACUCAAAUAAUAAAUUGAAAUGAAAAAAAACUUUGAAAAAUCAUUGAUAAUUUAUUUUUUUUGACAGAAAAUAAAUGAUAUUCAUUCAUUCAAAUCGAUAGAGUACAUCGUUGCAAUACAAACUCAAAAUCGCCAAAAACAAAAAGGAUGAAUCUGCGAACAAAUCCACAGCAUCCAUGUUAAUAGCAUAAAACGGCAAAUUGCAUAUGCCUAUAAAUAUUAAUGUAUUGACUGUAUUGAGAUGUCCGAAAUUUUUAUGCUUCCGGAUCUGUAGCGUUGACGGCACCAAAG